GGCACUUCUCUCCUCUCUGCCAUUAGCCAUCAUCUCAGUUCACUUGCUCGUAAAAAGACACACAAGAUGAGCUACAUCACUCGCCGAGGUCUUUCGACCCUGAUCCCUCCCAAGAUCGCUUCUCCUAAUGCGAUUGGCGCUGCUAAGGAUGCUGCUCGUAUGGAUCGCGUUGUGAACUUCUAUGCCCGCCUUCCUCGUGGCUCCGCCCCUGAAGUUAAGCCUACUGGUCUCAUUGGCCGCUACCAGGCUCGCUACUUCGGCAAGAACCCCUCUGCCGCACCCUUCGCUCAUGCCAUCGGCGGCAUCCUCCUUCUGGGUUACAGCAUGGAGUACUACUUCCACCUUCGCCACCACAAGAACCACCCCCACUAAAUCAUUACGCCAUUACUUGAGGGGCGCGGAGGAUUUGUGUAUAUACCGCUGACCUAGAAUGAAGGCAAUGUAGAACACAUGAAAGCUUACAAUCAUCCAAUCACCUACACCUCCGUGCUCUAGGCUAGUCUCCAGAUAGACCGUGCGUAGUAUGACUAGUUAAGAGACAA